AUGCAGUCGUCCGAGGCACAGUCCAACCAGCUCACCUUUACGCUCGAAAACGGCGCCGCAGCCUCGGACCCUUUUUCCUACCAGACAGCAGGCCUCGGUGGUCCCCUGCUGCUCCAGUCGACGAAUCUCCUCGACACGCUGGCCCACUUUGUCCGCGAGCGCAUCCCCGAACGCGUCGUCCAUGCCCGCGGUCUGGGUGCCCACGGUACCGUCGAAAUUACGACGGACUUUGCCGAAAAAUUCAUGUGCUCGCCCGAGUUCAGGAUGGGACAGAAGCACCCAGCCACCUGCCGCUUCUCGACGGUUGGAGGGGCCUCGGGAUCGCCAGACCUGGCUCGCGACCCCCGUGGAUUCGCAUGCAAGAUCAGAACAAAGAGCGGCACCCUCGACUGGGUCUUUAACAAUACGCCCAUCUUUUUCAUCCGGGACCCAACCAAGUUUCCCCUAUUUAUACACACGCAAAAGACGGAUCCAGCGACGCAUCUCCGCAACAAGGACAUGUUCAUGGACUGGAUUUGGCAGAAUCCCGAAUCGCUUCACCAGAUGUUUAGACUGUUCAGUGAUCUGGGAACACCCAUGGGUGUCCGCCACAUGAACGGCUGGUCUGGCCACACGUUUCGUCUGGUUCAGUGCGAUGGCAGCUGGGUCUACGUCAAGGUCAGACUCUCGACCGACCAGGGAGUCCGGAACUUCACGGCAGCCGAGGCGACCAGGCUCGGUGGCGAAAACCAGGAAUGGUCGACACAGGACCUGUACGAAGCCAUUGAUAAUGGAAAGCCUCCCUCCUGGACGAUUCAAUUCAGCACAAAGACCGAGGCAGAAGCAGCCGCCUACCGGUACGACGUCAACGAUCUGACAAAGGACUGGUACGACGCCGUAUGGCACGACGUUGGCAAGCUCACCUUGGACCAGAACCCUAGAAACUACUUUGCAGAAAUCGAGCAGAGCCACUUUUCACCCUCGAACAUGAUCCCUGGCUGGGCGCCUUCGGAAGACCCUGUGCUGCAGAGUCGCCUCUUUUCGUACAACGACGCCGGCCGCUACCGUCUGGGCGCCAAUGCGGCCCAAAUUCCCGUCAAUUGCCCCUUGUCGACCGUGGCCAACUUUGACAGGGACGGCCAUUCGACCGUGUUGGGCAACCAAGGUGAUCGGCCAAUGUUUCCGGCCUCGUGGGAUCCCUACCGGUACGAAAAGCAAGUCGUCUUUCCCAAGGUCAAUCUCAAGCCGGGAGCAAAGGUCGAGCACUUUUCGUCCAAGAUCAAGGACAUCGACUAUGAACAGCCGCGCUACUUUUUCGAACAGGUUCUCUCGGAUCACGACAAGGCCAAUUUCAUGGACAACUGGGCGGGCGCUCUCAGCAUGGUGAGCUGCCUGCCGACAUUCUGUUGA